GGCUGGGUGGGGCUCUCUUUACGCGCAAUUGGCACGCGUGAUUGGCCUGUCGCGAUGGCUGGAGGUCGCUGGAGCUCAGCACUGACGUCUGAUAGGACUCUUUUAUACGCACGACCGGCGCGUCCAGCCUCAGAGCACAUGGAAGCGUGUACCGCGUCUUGCAGGCAAGUGCCCGCCAGAAAGAAGACGCCAAAUGUUGGCAGCCCCCGCUCGCCUACUCUUCUGACAUCAGCAAACCUCGGAUGAACUCUCUUCGACACAAUGGUUCCAUUUUCUGCUUUAUGAAAGAUUGUCUCCUGUCUCCUGUCUCUUGUCUCUUGUCUCUUGUCUCUUGUCUCUUGUCUCUUGAGACUGUGCCAUUACCGUCCCGGUCCUCCCUUCGAGCCACGUUCCCAGACAUAUCUCUCUGUAUAUCAGUUCAGUUCAGCCGCCUCCACCUAUUACCGCCAUUUUGUCGACGACAGGCCAUCGACCAGCCCACAAUGACAGACUCAACCCCUUCUACUCGAGCAGCAAAGGCUUCGGGGUCCACAGAGAACAAUGACCCCUUGUUGUCUUCACCACCGAGAUCCACCAUUGGCAAGGAGCGAAGAGUGCCAUCAAUUACCCCGAGAAAGUUUCAAAGAUUCUUCACCCCCCGAUCACGGGUCUCUUCGAAACCCAGUGCCGUUCGAAAGGCCCUCCAUGAUCUCACUGCUCCCGCCCUUAACCGCGACCAGGCCCCUGCUUCAAGCCCGCUCAAACCCAUCUCGGAGGAACAACUCGGGGCUCCCAUUGAGGAUGAAUUGCCUGACUAUAGGACCGCCAAGCGAAGGAAAACUCAACACACCCCGAGCAGGUCGCAUCUUCCCUCACCCCUGCCAACAUCUCCAGGUCUUCUUGCAACUCCUGAUAUCAGGCCAGGUCUGAGCAGCCCGAUUCGCCAUGUCAAGUUCCGACCGAAUCGACGGAUGGAUGUUGAUCAACAUGAUGGAGUAUCAGAGGAUGAGGACGAUGAGCCCCCAUUGCCAUCGCCAAAGUUGAAGAGGAUUGUACCAUUACAUACCCGGGGGUUGGGUGGUCAAUUGGUCCAAAGAAUGUCAGGCGAUGCCUGUUUGGGUCGUCCGGUUCCUGAUUGGAGGACUGAUACUGCCAAAUUUUAUAGCAAACCAGAGGACGUUCACCUUUCGUCAAGUCACGAAGGGGCACCUCGUGCCAUUCCUUUUUGUACCACUAGCUCUCACAAAAGUGAUCUUGUAGCAGUCGGUGAUGAAGAAGGCUAUAUACGCCUCCUUGAUGCAAGCAAGGAGUUCUCCAAGAUUCACCUAUCUUUCCAAGCUCACGGAAAUGCUGUGAUCGAUUUGGCUUUCUCCGGGGACGACAAACUGCUUGCUACUGCCUCGGGUGACCAGACUGGAAGAGUCAUUGACGUGGAAACACAGACCCCUCUCAACGUUUUAGGCCAUCACACUGCCUCGUUGAAGCAGGUCCGCUUUCAACCAGGCCGGGGACAGGACUGUGUCCUUGCCACCUCUGGCCGUGAUGGAAGUAUCCAAAUCUGGGACUUGCGGUGCAAAGGUGGACCGGUUCAGGACAUGUCGAUCAUUAACGAAGACCGCCUGCGUCAUGGUGCUCCCAAGCCCGUCAACCCUGGCUGCGUGGUAAACAGCAUCUAUUACGCCCACGCCCGCACCCAGCGGCAAACCAAGUCGGCCAAGAACUCCUCCACCACCGACGUAGCCCGCACGGGUGAGGUGCCCGGCCGUAUGGGCGAAGUCUCGGUAACCUCGUUACAAUUCCUCCCCCCUGGCCGCGAGCACCUGCUGCUCUCUGCCUGCGAGGCCGAUGCCUCGAUCAAGCUGUGGGAUAUCCGCGCCGUCCACACCCAUCGCCACCACAAGACUUCCACCCCGAUCUCGUUCACCCCCCCCCCACCAAGCCACGCAGCCUGGAGACCAUUCGGCAUCGCCAGCAUGACGAUGAACACGUCCGGCUCGAGAAUCUAUGCCCUCUGCAAAGACAACACUGUUUACACCUACGCCACGUCCCACCUCAUUCUCGGCAUCGCAAACGAACUCAAGGCCACCCUCCCCGGGCAGGAACCCGAAAGACGGAGACACUACCCCCAUGUAGCACACGAGGGCCUGGGUCCGCUGUAUGGUUUCCGCCAUCCCUUGUUCCACGCCACGUCGUUUUAUGUCAAGGCUGCUCUCCGGCCUGCCGCGAACGGAAACAGUGAGAUGCUUGCUGUGGGCAGUAGUGAUGGUUGCGCGGUUUUGUUUCCUACUGAUGAGAGGUACCUCUCCUUUUCCACCCCGGGCAGCGAGGAGGAAUCCUACUUUGUCGGGGAAAGCACCGCUCUUUUACCGACUGCGACGCCUUCUAGGCCGGGGUUGAGGUCGGGCGGCCCGCCUGGUUUGGUGAGAACGAACAGCAGCUCUUUGUUUGGUCGUCAGCAGCACGACAUGGGUGUUUCUGUCACCAAGAGGGGAACUCCGUUGGUGAGGGGUCAUGAUAAGGAGGUUGGGGCGCUGACUUGGACGGCUGAUGGGAGGAAGCUGGUGACGGUGGGGGAUGAUUACCUUGUGAGGUGCUGGAGGGAUGGCGACGAGGUGGCGAAGGAUUUGAGGAGGGGGGGUGAGGGGGAAGGGAGGAGAUGGGGGUGUGGGUGGGGGGAUUUGGGGGAUGGGUGGGAGGGGGAUGGGGGCGAGGAGGAGGAUUGGUGA